UUUUUUCUCUCUUCUCUAGCACUCCCUCUUUCCAUAUUUAACACUUACGUUCUCUCUGUGUCCUCACCUCCUCACUUUUCAUUCCACGCUUCCCUUCUCUUUCAUUUCUCGCUCUCUAGUCUACCAUUUUUGUUUCUUUACUCUUUGAAAGAGUGAUUGUGAGCUACUCUUUGGUCUUCUCUUGUGGAGUUGAUUAUCAAACAUGCCGGUUGCGCUUGACGAGGGAUUCUCGAUUCGUGAAUACACAGCGAAGAUAAGAACGGUAGAUGUGAGAAAGUGCUGGCCUUUUAGAGACCCAGAUGAGAAUGAAAAUGAAAUCAACCAACAACGCCUUGAAGCUCUCCUCCCUCCAAUCACCGUCACCAAAUUCCGCUGGUGGUCCAAUGAGCUUAACAGUAUUCAGCAACACCAAGAACAAAGAGUCCUUGGAACUCCAAGAAAUGAGGCAUCCAAGGAGGAGGAGAAAUUGGAGAUUUUGUGUCCGGUUUGUGGGAAUUUCGCCGCCGCAACUAUGAAAGCGGUCAAUGCUCAUGUUGAUAGCUGUCUUGCUCAUGCUCAAAGAGAGGAAAGAAGGAAAAUAAGGAUGCCAAUGAAGGCCAAAUCCAAAUCUCCUAAGAAAAGAUCCAUUAUUGAGAUCUUUGCCGUCUCGCCACAGAUUAAGAAGGUUGACGAUGAUGAUGAUAUAGAAGAUGAUGAUUUUCCUUAUUCUCAAGAUGAUGGUGAUUUGGAUGUUGUGAGGACAAAGCACGAUGAGCUGAAAAGAAAGAAUAUUAAAAUCCACAAGAAGAAGAUAAAGAUAGUAGCGAUUGCGAACAAGUUGACUGUGGACCAGAAGAAGAACAAAUUGAAGAAGAAGAAGAAGAAGAAGAAGAAGAAGAUGAUGAUGAUGAAAAAUAAGAAGAUGAAAAUGAAGAACAAAAAGGGGCCAAUUACGAAUAAGGAGAGUCCUCAACUUCCAAUUCCAGUCGAUUCUUCAAGAAAAGCAUCUAAUUCAUUAUGCAAUAAAGGGGUUGCAAAAGACAUUUUGGAUGACAUUUCAAUCCAUAGAAAUAAAUUGGGAAUGCAGAAGAAACAUGGAGUUCAGGCAUCAAAAUUUAUUGCAAAGCAACGGAAAGCAGUCAUUCCUGUUCGUGGUAUUCUAAAAAAUUGUACAAAACUUAUUCCUCAGCAGAAUUCUGAGAUUCAUAACUUGCCAGGUGGUAGUCAAAUGAAUUGUUGUGAACUUCAACAUUCAGACAGGCAUGUCAGGUUCUCAGGUAAAGAUCAAAUACUUGGUCCAGGGAAGAAGAACUUAAGUUCCAAUGUUCAAAAUGGGUUUGACACAUACACAGAUGUCCUUGCUUCUCAGUCGGAGCAGGAUUGCUCCACAGAAAAUGAUGAACAAUCAGCUUCUGUGAGGUUGAAUGGAAUUGGUGAUGUUUCCGUUAGCACAGGAAAUGAAACUGUGUUGCAAACCAUGAUUAACAAAAAGCAGUUGCUAUGUAUUCAUGAUCCUGUUGCUAUGCCAGAUUUUCUGAGCCUAUGUCAAGGAAAAGAGCAGCAUAUAUCAGAUAGGUCACCCUCAAGACAAGUUAUAAUUCAUGAUAACAAUUUGCAUAUGUUUGCUCAAGCAUAUCAAAAAGUAGCGCAUAAUCCCACAUAUGCUGGCAUUUUGGGACUUCUUCCCACCUUUAAUGAAGUGCACAAUCCCAAUUUAAAUUCUCAGUUAUGUGUUAAUGUACCCAUGGCUUCCAAUCUGAGAGGAAAGUCAGUUGAUUACUUCGAAGAUCACACGCAUAAAUAUGCUGAUGGGGGUUUGUUGGCAGGUACAAGGGCGUUUACUCAGUCUUCAUCACCUGAUUUUGCUUCAAUUGACGGUCCAAACAUGAGGGUUUCGUUUACACCACAAUCUUCCAUCAAAAGUAUCAGUGGGCAGUCUUUGCAAUACCAACCAUAUUUUCAUCUUUCUCCAAUGGAAUUUAUGGGUUCAGACUGCAAGCAAAGAGUAUGUGCCUUAAAUGAAAGGUGCAUAGAUGAGGAAUUUUGUGGCCUGCCUCUCAACUCAAAUGGUGAACUAAUGCAGGUGAGUUCAAGUGGUAAGUUUGGUUUUGAACAGCUAACGAAGUCAACUUUGAUAAGUUCAACUGGAUCAUCUCCACUCAAUUCUGUCCUACCCAGAAGUUUGGGGGAUUUUGUAAUUGAAAGGCAUCCUAUUGAGCAGGCAGUUGAGAAAGGCCAGUUAAAUUUGCUACCCGUACAGAAGAAUCAUAAUGUACAAUUACCAACCCGUUUUGGUGUUAAUGAGUUGCCAAAUACUGGAAGACUGGAUGUCCAUUAUCUAAAUCCUGAGAGCAGGACUAACAAUAGUGUCUGCCCAUUUGAUUCAGGCCCAAGUUUGAUGAAUCUCUCUCUCAAUCAACGGACGCAAUAUGGUCAGAACAAAAAGGGAACUCAGACGAUUCAUCUGAAGGAAAAUUCAGAUAACAUAGCGCUGAAAACUGCACAACCAACAAUGAGGUUGAUGGGAAAAGAUGUUGCAAUUGGGAGAAGUGACAUAGAGAUGCGAGGGUUUGAGGAUGAAAAGAUUUGGAUGGAUAAAGAAAUCAUACAAGAGUGUCAUCCUACAAGUCAUGUCCUGGGUAAUUCCUUGCACAAGAGACAUAUUCAGCAGGAUGGGGUUCUGUGCCCAUCGUUAGGACAAUCAAAGGAAACUUUACAUCAUCAUCUAGAAACUGAAAACGAUCAGGCAUCAAAGAGCAAUUUCUGGGUGAAAGUUCCAGAAUCUAGAUCUCAACCAUAUGUGAACUGGAAAACGAAUGCUGCAUUCCGAAGUGGUGAGUUUGCUGUCAACAGGAUUGCCAGUUCUCAGAUGCACCCUUCUACUUGUCCAUCUUCUCCUCUUGAUGUGCUAUAUAAGGGAGCUGAGUUGCAGAAGUCCCUUAUAUCUGGUGCUGAAACUGUAAGUAUCAGCUCUCAGCUACCAAUACUGUCUUCUUCUCUGGAAAAACGUCCAUGUAUGGGUUGGACACCUGCUAAAAUAAAUUGCCAGCAGAAUCUACCACAUGCGAGGAAAUCAGUCUUUGGCUUUCCCUUCAUACACCCAGAUUAUAAUGAGCAUGUUCAGUCAUCUUCUUUUGCGAGCUCCUCAAGGAACUUGCCUCCAGGGUUGUUACAUGCAUCAAUACAAGUGAAACCAGGAACUAUGCCUUCUCAUACUCUUUCUGAUGUGGGUGGUAAACACCAUCCUUGUGCUACAACUGGAACUGAUUUUCCUACUGCUCCCCACUAUCCAUCAGUGGUUUCUCAUCCUCACAGUUCCAUGGUUUCAAACUCACACCUGAAGAGUUCACUUGGGUCAGCAUUGUUUGUUAAACCCCCAUUCUGUCCAUUCAGUACAGGAAUUGAUUCAAAUUCUGCCAUGAACAUAAGCUAUGGGAACAAUAUUAAUGUAGGAGACAGAAUGAAGUCGAAUACUUAUGGUGUUAAGCUUUCUGAUCACUACCAGAAAAUCAGAAAGAGGCCUGCAACUAUAGCAGAUGAUUUGUUGAGACCCACCAAGAUGCCUUGCUUGAUCCAGGAAGAUUCAAUUGCAGUCAGAGAGCUAACGAGAGCGAAAUCUAGCAGUGAAAUCUGGCAUAACGCUGGGGCACAUAAACCCAAUUCGAAUGGGGAUAAAGCUAUUGAUGUAGGAUGCGGUCCAUGUGUGGCUAAGAAUGAUGGGCUUGGAACUUCACAUGAUAUUGAUUCUUGUAAAGCAGAUGAUAUGGUGAAAUCAGGUCCCACUAAACUUGCUGCAGGAGCAAAGCACAUCCUGAAACCCAGUUGGAAUAUGGAUCAAGAUAAUUCCAGGCUCAUUCAUUCUACCAUCCCUUUUGCUGCUGUGACUGAUUGGGACAGUUUUUUAGAUUCUCAGAAGAAAUCAACAAUGAUUUACAGGUUUUAGGGGUAAAUCCUGUCAGAGGCAUAAGUGUGGUGUGCCUUAUGUCGGUCUGUGCUAUUUUACUUCUACUUGUUGAUGCUUACAUAAUUAAAGCCUGAUAUGAUUGACUUUGAGAUGAUUGCUUCACAGUCCAUGCCUUAGGCUUAAAAUAGAAUCAGAAAUGAAAAUGAAUAAAAAUGAUUCUACAUUCGGAAA